ACUUGGGAAAUGUCCAACAUCGAGGCCGUACUCUCUAACAAACUGAAGCUGCUCGACGAGGCGGACACGAAACGCGUCACGCUCGAGCUCAAUAUCAAACGCUUGCGGGAUGAUAACGAAGAUCUCAAGAACAAAUUGGAGAAGAAGACAAAGAAUUUGCAGAUAGCAGAACGAAAUGCAAUGAUACAUGAAAAAGGCUCCAGUGAUUUGCAAUCGUGGGCGAAGUGCAACACACUUACGGAGAUAGAAAGUCGUUCAAAGCAAUUGAAAGCAUUGCUCGCUUUGAAACAUCAGGUGAUGAAGAUGCAAGUCGAUUUUGCAAGCGUUAUCAUAUCACGUGUCUUAUGCGUAUCGUGGAAAAGCCCUAUAAAGGGAAGCAUAUAG